GUCAACUUCGACGAUUAGGAUUCCGCAAGAUCUAAAUGGGCCUUUUGCACGGCAGUUCGCAAGGACUUCGACCCUUGCCGCUUCCAACAGCAGGUUUCUUCUUGCACCAGCAACAUCAGCCAUACGCGUUCUAGGCGCUGACCAACCUAACUUCCUUGCUGCUACGCAUUACUUGGAAACUAGGUGUACCUUGCCUGACUUACUUUAUUUGUUCGUAAUAUAUUGCAAUGGCAGAACUAGAGAAGACGCUGGCCCUUAUUAAACCGGAUGCAGUUCGCGCGGGGAAGGCGUCCGAGAUUAUGCAGCUUAUAGAGCUUAACGGAUUUACAAUUAUAGCAAAGCAAAAGAUGCAGCUUACGCGAGCACGCGCCGAGGAGUUCUAUGGCGAGCACAAGGGGAAAGAGUUCUUUCCCAAGCUGGUUAACUUCAUGACUAGCGGUCCCAUUUGGGCGCUGGUGCUGGCCAAGCCGGGGGCCAUCCUUGCUUGGCGAGCACUCAUGGGACCCACAAACGUCUUCAAGGCGCGCGCGGAACAACCCAAAUGCCUCCGCGCGCUGUACGGCACGGACGGCACCCAAAACGCUACCCACGGCAGCGACUCACCAGCCAGCGCAGCGCGGGAAAUAAAAUUCUACUUCCCCGCGCUCAUCCCUGACCCCGUCACGGAGGCCACCGCAGCCGCGGAUUACAUUGCCAAACGCCUGCAGCCCGCCCUCUCAAAAGCCCUCGCCGCGCUUGCCCGCGAAAAACCCUCAGCCGACAAGUUCGAGGCCAUUACCUUUGUGGCCACAUACCUGCUCCAAAACAACCCCAACAAACCCAAAGUGCUGCUGCCAGACGAGUGGGACCCAGCGCUCAUGGGCGAUGAGGAAGACGACGAGGCGGACUUCAUCAACGCGCGAC